AUGGCGGCAUUGGUGGGAAACGCCAGCGACCCUGGCUCCACGCCCAGCGACCCUGGCUCCACGCCGAGUGAGGAGGAGGAGGACGGAGGCGCCGUUGCCAGCGACGGCCAGGAGGAGGAAGAGGACGGAGGCGCCGUUGGCAGCGACGGCGAGAAGGAGGAGGAAGAGGAGGAGGAGGACUCCGGCGCCAGGUUCGCCCGGCUGGAGGCGCGGGAGGCGGCGGACGAGAAGGCGGCGGCAAGAAAGGAGGCCAGGGCCCGCGCAAGGGCGCAAGCGCGGGCGGCACAUCGUCGUACGUUCACCGAUGAGGACGACGAAGAUGCCCCUUCGUCCAACUCGAACUCCUCCACAGACGCGACGUCCGACAGUUCCUCUUCCGACGAGGAGGUGACAAGCAAGAGGCACAGGAGUGAGGACGACCAAGCAGGGCCUUCUAACAAGAAGGCCAAGAAUUAG